AUGAAAGCCAAGCACACCCCUACGUCGAUGGAGGUGGCGAUCCUGUCUGUCCAGCUGCUGAAGGGCUGUGGCAGUGCAGAGUGCAGCAACUCCUAUUGCGCUUCAUCCUCUGGAUUUAGCUAUGGUGGACACAGAGGAGAAGGGUGGACACCUCAAGAUACAGUGCAUCUGGCGAAGGAGCUUCUUGGGUCGCACGGUUCUUCCAUCAUAUGCAAGCCGUCUAUCCGCCAUAUUCUGCUUAUGUGGCAAAGAGGAGUCAUGCAUGUUGUCCGCAAUCUUGACGAUCCAGACAUCUUCUCUGCAACCGUCUAUUCAGCCAGGCCGCUCAAUCAUCUUAUUUGGCAUGUUAACUUCCAGGACCCGUCCUCUUCUAAUAGGGCAUUUCUAGAGCAAUAUAUGCCUAAGCUCUUGACAUAUAACAAGCAAGUGCUGGGAAGGUUUUUUAGCCUUGAUGCGCUAGCUAAUCUGGUUACUUCUCUGUGUCACGGAUGCGGCAGUCCUGAUGGAGUCGUGCACUUUUUGCUGGACAAUUGCGCCACGUUCCACGACGCCUAUCUUAAUUAUACACUCUUUCAAGAGAUAAUUCUUUUGCAGUAUGAUAAGUGUGAGGAUCCGCUCCCCAUACUGGCCUUCAUGAAUAAGCUUGGUGACCUUUUCAAAUCUGCUCUCGCAACAAUUGCCGUCAAGCCGUCUCUUUUCUGUUCCGAUGCGCAUGUUUUUAUGCUUCUUCUGCUUCUCUUCUCGACAGAACGCUACUUCAAUCUUAGUUCACACCUUUUAGACUCAAUAGCUAGCGUCCUUUUAGCGCUGCAAGAAAAUACAGGCAUACGUCUACGUCUUUGCAUUAAGAUGCGUGCCUUUCUUAACACGCUUCCUCUAGACACUUCAGUACACAUACUGACCACAUUAGUUCGCCUAUCUAAUGCUGCAAUUAAUAAUACCUUAGAAAGAAUUCUUCAACAAAAGCCCAGUGCUCCUAUCAGGAAUGCCCACGUGUAUAGUUUUGACCAGCCUAGGCAGUUCACUAGAAUAAUUGGAGCGGAGCACUGCAUCGUUUAUCCGAUUAACGAUCCGAUAUUUUGGUCUGAGAAUUCUCAGUCAAAGUAUACGUAUGAUGUCAACAGGCUUACUCUCGUGGACAUCCUGGACUUUAACCACACACUGAGUUCUCUUUGUGAGCUUUCUAGGUUACUCUACGUGUCCAACAACUUCACAAGCUAUACGUUUCCAUUUAUCGCACCGCAGGUGCUGUUCGAAAUCAGUUAUUCCACUCCACAACUGGCUAAUUCUGAAAUAGCUAAUCAACUGAAGAGCCUCUUGAACUACAACCAACUCUCUCCACAAAUCUAUGAACGGAUAUCUCAACAGCAUCAGUGCCUAAACGAUGGUAAUCUCAGAUCUAUAGCAGACGCACUAUCUUUUCUUCUACCACCUAACUUGCAGCAAACAAUAUUCUUAGCAGGAGCUACUGAUGAUGUGCAGCGCCUGGACAUGGUUCCAAUUAUUCCAAAUGAUCUCUUCCACAAUAAGUUCCUAUCAUCACCGUCCUACGAUUGGAGAAUCGAUGCUCAAUGCCUUGCAAUAUUGUUCGACCCAGACAACUACUUUUUGAGGGCCAGCAAAGCUUAUUUGCAAUUAGAAAGCUUGAUACCUCAAGAGUUAAGAACAGCGUUGCAGGAUGUCAACGAGGACAUAGUCACUGCGAGCCUCGACCUAGAUGAAGCUCUUCUAGACCAGCUGUUGGGAUAUGAGAUUUCCCGUCUGCAGCAAUAUUUAGGCCCUAGAUGCUACUACAAGCUACGUAAGCCGAGCGCUCCUGUUCAGCGCAAAACAAGUUCCUUUCGUCUGGUGGAAGGAUCGAUUAUCAGUGUACCUCGCAAUACCGCAACUACGGAUACUGUUGCAUCUAUCUACAAUUCUAACCACGAAAGAAUGCUAGACAUGCUGCACUUGGCCAUACCGAGACACGCUGAUCAAAAUAUAGUAGGUAAAGUCGGCGAAGUGGAAACAAAUAAGCAUGCUAUUUCCAAACUCUUCACCUUCUGCUCAUAUCCGUUUCUACUGAAUCCUCAGACGAAGCUGAAUAUCUUGUUGUAUGAACUGGGGUAUAUGAUUCGCUGCUCGAGGCAAUCCCCGUUCCUCUGCAUCAACGCUGAGAGGAAGACCCUUGCAGGAGACUUCCUGGCGUAUUUCAUGUCCUUUGCAGCUGAAGAACUAUCUUACGAGUGGCUCUCCCCGGUCCACCGGCUUCUGCUUAGAAGACCCAUCAGAGUUCAGUUCUCGGGAGAGGCGGCCGUAGACUUUGGCGGCCCGUCUCGAGAGCUAUUCAAUGACUUGCUCCCAGCAUUCAUUACUGACCACAAGGGCUAUUUCACGUUUAAUUCAGAGACACAAUACUAUUAUAUUAAUUGGCAGCGCAUCAGAGAUUGUACCAACCACGACCCAUACUUUCUUACUACGGAGAAGUAUGCACUGUCACCAACUCAGGAACGCUAUCUCUAUGAUCUACGUAAUCUCUUUUGCCAGCUUGGGGCCAUGUUGGGGAUCUCGCUUGUGAGUGGCGCUACCGUUUCCUCAAUAUUUCCUCCUAUCUUCUUCAAGCUUUUACUAGGGCACUCUUACACAGUAAUUACACGAGAGGAUUUGCACGAUGUUGAUGAGGAGCUGUAUUUCUCGCUCACUAAUCUCUGGAAACACGCUCACAACGAAGACUCACAGUUGACUGUCAAUUUACAAGAGUCUAGUGACCCUAUUCUCACUUUUGUCGGUCUCGGAGCCAUCUUAACAGAAAUCGUCAGCGAAGAACUGGUAUCCAUGAACCGGACUGUCAGCGUUCGUACAAUCUCACACUUCGGCGAUUUUCUCUGUUCUAAUAGUUUUCCUCCCAACUCUAUCCUGUGGCAGCUUAAGGAGCUGGUCAAAGAUAGACACCAUAUCUUGACAGCCCCUUAUGAUAUAGAGCUUUUGCCGGUCAAUCUGCGAACCUUACCAUUAUUUAUUCGUCUCAAACAAAUUGCAACGAUAUAUAAUAAAAAGAUAUUUGAAUUCAUCCGAUCGGGCUUCCUUAGUAUGGCUAAGGCACGCUCGUUAGCCAUGUUCACAGCGUCUGACCUGGACCUGGCAUUGACCGGAGAAGUAGACCUGAACUUCUCUCUUCUAGAGCCGUUCACAGCUUACGAGAACCCAUAUUCUAGCUCUCAUCCUAAUAUAAAGAACUUCUGGAGGAUUGUUGCAGAGCUGACUCAAGAGCAGCAGCGGCGGCUCCUUCGCUUCAUCACCGGCUCCGACAGGGUGCCAGCUGGCGGCGUGCAGAACAUAGGACUUAAAAUAAUUCCAAAUGGAGAUGAUGACUCUCGAUUGCCUGGUGCCCAUACCUGUUUUAACAUACUUUGUCUGCCUUCUUACAGCUCAAAGGAAACACUCAUGAACAGGCUUCUCUGCGCCAUCGAGUGCUGCGAAGGCUUUGGGCUCAUGUAG